UUAAUUUAAUAUGAUAGAUAGCUUCAAUUAUUUGCUUAAAGUAAUUGUCAUAGGCGAUUCGGGAGUAGGUAAGACCAAUCUAUUGUUAAGAUUUGUUAAUCAUACAUUUUAGGAUGAUUUAAAAUCUACAAUUGGAGUUUAGUUUUUCACUAAAGUAGUUUCUAUGAAAAAUGAACAUAUCAAACUAUAGUUAUGGGAUACUGCAGGAUAAGAGAGAUAUAGAUCAAUUAGCACUACUUAUUAUAAAGGCUCUCAUGGAGUGAUUAUUUGCUUUGAUCUUACUCAUUAAGACUCACUCGAUAAUGUAGUUAAGUGGUAUGAAGAAGUAAAAUAAUAAGCUGAUUUAAAUGUCAAAAUAAUUCUAAUCGGAAAUAAAUUGGAUUUAAGUCAGCAAAGAGUUGUUGGGAGUGAUACUGCUUAAUAAGUAGCAAAAUAAAUUGGUGCUGGAUAUAUUGAAACUUCUGCAUUAACUUCUUAAAAUGUAGAAAAAGCAUUUGAACUAUUAAUUUAAGGUUUUUGUUUAAUAAUCCUAAUGUAGAAAUCUAUAUGUAGCUAAAACAACUCAAAUAAGACUAACAGAGUCAUAAAAUUACAACUGAUAAUUCUAUUGUUUUAACUAACAAAAAAGAAACAAGCUCUUCUCAAAAAAGAAAUACUCAAUGUUGUUGA